UUUUUAGCUAUAAGAUUUGUACCGGCUGUCUUUUGGAUAGUUAGAAUGGGGUCGUCAUAUUUUUUAAUUUAUUUAGCUCUACUUUAUAAUUUAAUAUGUGUUAUAAAUUGUUCAACGGGGAACGAAGUAUUGGGAUGUGGAGGUUUCGUAAAAAGUCAUGCUGAAAUUGAUUUCUCAAAGGUAGAAGUGAAAUUAUUAACAAAGCACGGGGCAUUAAAGGAUAAAACUGAUUGUUCUCCAUCGAAUGGUUAUUAUUUCCUACCUAUUUAUGAUAAGGGUGAAUACUUACUUAAGGUAUCACCACCUCCUGGGUGGAGCUUCGAGCCAGAACAAGUUGAACUAAAUUUUGAUGGGAAAACAGAUAUAUGUAGUCAGGGCAAGGAUGUGAACUUUGUGUUUAAAGGUUUUGGGAUUACUGGUAAGGUAGGUUUAGUAGGUCAAAGCGGAGGUGGAGCGUUUGGUGUAAGCAUAUUUUUGAAUUCGGAGGAUGGUCGCGAAGAGCGUCAAACUAUUACCGAUAGAAAUGGGGUAUUUUCUUUCACACCCAUAAUACCUGGAAAAUAUAAUCUCCGUGCCACGCAUCCAAGAUGGCAUUUUUCGAAGUCUAUCUACAAUGUUUUAGUGGAGAGCGGAAACACUGAAUUGCCAGAUAAUUCUUUAGUCGUUGGAGGUUUUGAUAUACUUGGGCGACUAGAAAUCAAUGAUCAAAUAAGUUUGGAUAUUGGAAUGGCACUGUUCAGAAGGAGAGAGCAAUUCCUUCCGUUGAUGUGCAAAAAAGGUGACCUUGCAGAAUUAACAAAGAAAAAUGUAAACUAUGAAACAGAAUCUUCUUGCCAUACACUAGUGGAAAAGAAUGGAAAUUUUGUCUUCAAAGGCGUUCCGCCAGGAAAAUAUUUGGUGCAACCAGUUGUCAAAAACCCUACAAAUAAAUUACAUAUUACCCCAGCAUUCAUAGAGCUGGAAGUAGAAAGAGACUCUCUUUUGCUAAAGGAUGAGUUUAAAAUUACUGGUAUUAGUGUUACUGGCAAGAUCCUCAACUCACCCCACGGAGGCCCAAUUCAUGGCGCUGAAGUUAGAUUAAAUGGACAAACUGUUGCUAAAACAAGUAUUGAUGGUGAAUACUCAUUGCAAAAUGUGAAAACUGGAAAGUAUAAGCUUCAGGUCCAGUACCCGAAAUUUCAGUUUAGCGAACAAGAAAUAGAUCUAAGACUAUCCACGCAAAGUUUGGAGCACAUUGUUCCCGAAGCAUACGAAGUUUGUGGAAAAGUUUUAUCAACUGAUUCGUACGUUGUAGCGAUCACUAAAGCAUCGUCAACUUUCUACACAACAGUCUCAAGCAAACCUGAAAGUGGCGAAUGGUGUAUAUAUUUAGGGAGAGGAAAGUACAUUAUUGAGGUACAGACAACUGAAUCUGAUAAAACCAAGGGUAUACAAUUCUUCCCUGUGCAACAUCAAAUUGAAGUACUCAAUAAACCUAUUAAUGAUAUAAUAUUCUCGCAAUUACGAGCAACUUUGACUGGAGAAGUGAAUUGCCUACCAGAUGCAAGUGAGAUUUGUUCAGAAGUCGAAGUUACUUUACACCCUCUAAGUUCAGUAGGUCAGAGAACAGGACAGAAGCAAGUUCAAAAGGCUAAAGAUGGAAAAUACUUAUUCGAGAACAUACUUCCUGGCCCAUAUGAAUUAACAAUUCCUCAAUCCAAUUUGUGUUUUGAUUCCACCACCGUUUUCAUUAACGUGGUUGCUGCAAGUGAAUCAGCUCCACAUUUCGUUCAUCGCGGCUAUGAAGUGUCCUUAAUAUCAAGUCAUCGUGCUAUUAUGAAAUAUACAUACAUUGGUAAUACGAUCACUUCCGGGGAACAAUCAGCAGAAACACUUAAAUUGCUUUCAGGUGUAAACACGUUUUGUGUGCCCUUGUUUGGCACAUAUAAUUUUAAACUAGAGGGGUGCCACCUUUAUGAGGAAAAUCUGCCUAAAACAUUCAGUACAACUGACAGAAAUCCUAUCAGCAUCAAUGCAAUUGCUCAUAAAGUUGGAGUGCGAGUGCUUUCACCGGACCCAUCAGCAAAUUCCAUACGCUUAAUUGUAGAAUCAAAACCAUUGGGCAAGCAAGUUGUAACUCCGAUUGCUGAGGAACAGAAAAUAGAUGGAAAAUUUGCUUUCCGCUAUGACAGCCACUUGCCACCAAAAGAAAUUUUACGCAUUACACCACACAGUGAUACUUUACUCUUUUCACCUCUAUAUAAAGAAAUUGAAGGAAGCAAUGAUUGUGUAGAUGUCGCAUUUAAUUUUGUUGCACAGCAAGGUUUGAUUAUAAGUGGGAUUGUUCAACCACCCAUAAAGGAUACAAAAAUUACGUUAAGUUAUCCUAACAAUCCAGAGCUUUCUGCUCAAAUUACUCAUACCAAUAUCAAUGGUGAAUUCAAAUUUGGACCUAUCGACGAAAAACUCGGUUAUGAUUUAAAAGCAGAUAAGGAAUCAUAUGUUUUUUCUGAAUUUAGUCGGGAGACAUCUUCCUUCAGUGCUCACAAAUUAUGUGAGAUUAUUGUGAAAGUCAAAGAUGAUGAAGGCAAUACCUUAAGCGGUGUUUUGUUGUCUUUAAGUGGGUCAGAAAGCUAUCGCAAGAAUUUGGUCACUGGCGAAGAGCCAAUUGUUUUCCAUUCGCUUUCACCCUCACGAUACUUUUUGAGGCCAAUGAUGAAAGAAUACAAAUUUGAGCCCACAUCGAAAAUUAUAGACAUUCAGGAUGGACAAACCGAGGAAUUGGUGUUUGUCGGCAAACGAGUGGCUUAUUCAAUUUUUGGUUCGAUAAACUCAUUAAACGGCGAUCCCUUUGCACAAAUAAACAUAGAAGCUAUCUCCGACGAGCUUUGCCAAUAUCAACAGGAAGAAACAACUAGCGAAAUUAACGGUCAGUAUCGUUUGAGAGGUCUACAACCUGGCUGCACUUACUUUGUGAAACCGAAAGAUGUUGGUAAAAUUGAUGCUAAUGUUGCGCGAUCAAUCCCCAACUCACGAGAAGUGAAAGUAGAGCAAAGCGAUGUCCGUGGAGUUGAUCUUAUUGCUAUAAGUUCCAUAACAUUUGUGGAUGUUGUAGCGCGUGUUACAGCUACUUUAAAUGAACACUACAAAACCUUCCGUAUUGUUAUGUACCGUAAAGGAGCUUCUGAUUCACCGAUUUACUCACAACGCGUUGAAACUCCUUUAAAUCUAAAGUCAAAUGUCAAUCCUGGUAUAAUGGUGUUCUUCCCUCGCAUACCCCUGGACGGAAAGAGUUAUGUAGUUGAACUGAAGUCGACGCUUUCGGACAAAACUUACACUUAUAUUCUACCAUCGGAAACUUUUGUUGCAAAUACCAGUUCUGUAUUUCUUGAAUUAGAUUUUAAACCAAAUGUUCGUACAGUAGAAGCCGAUAUGAAUCAAAAUUCUAUUUCUGCUCUAAUCUUAGUGGCGUUAGUGUCGAUUGCUUUCUUUAAACAAGAUAUUGCAAUGGACUUUAUAAACUUUAUUUGGAAUAAGGGAAAUCAUAUCGCGCAGGAUUUUGCGCAAAAGCAAAAAAAUAACAACAAAAAGGAGGUGAGAAAUGUGGAGACAAUUAAUCAGAAAAAAAUUGAUAAAAUGGCUGAUCAGAUAAAUGCAGUAACGAAGAAAAAGUCUAAAAAAAUUUGAGUUAACUUUUUAAAUUUUUCUUCUUAAAUUUAAAACAUAAUUCAUAAAAGUACUUUAUUUAAAUGGAGCAUAUCGACCAAAGCGAGCGUUGUGGAUUAACCCUCUUGCAUCGAUCUGUAUAAAAAAUUACGUUAUUCAAUGUAUUUCUAUAUUUUUGAAAAAUUUUGGUUUUCGAAUUAAGAAACUGUUCUGGGAAACAAAUUGAAUGUAGUUUCAUAUUCGAAUACGACGAGUUUCAUUUCCAGCGAAAUGAUGUAUUAAUCAGCAUGUAUUACGUUAUAUGCGUUGGAACAAUUGUAUUUAAUUAGAUGUACCAAUAAAACCUUUUUACACAUUUAAAAUACGUAAAACCAAUGUCGCUUCGUUCACAAACCUAUAAAUUAAUAAUAAAAAAUACUAAAAAAGUACG